AAGAAUAAAAGAUAUUUGUUUGAAAGAUCCAGGGAACCAACGAAGAAGAUAUGCUGUUUGAGUUUCAGUUUCAGCCAAACAACCUCCGACUCUAAAAGUUUCUAAUUUCAUCCCCCAAAUGUUCCUUUGAAACACACCCCUUCUCGCUUUCUGAUUGGAUGGGGACUCUUGCCACCUCCUCUUUCACUCUUCAUUCACUUCCUCGUAACACUCACACACUUCACCUCUUCAACCUCAAAAACUCUUCUUCUUCUUCUUCUCAUUCUUUUCCCACCAGACGACUUUCUUAUAAGACUCUGAAUUCUCGAAAAUUUUUUAGGUUUAGGUUUUUUUGUUCCCAUAAUAACGAUGUAGAGAAGCGUGAGGAUAAUUUGUCCAAUGAUUCUGGUGUUAAAACGGCGACGCCUGACGAAGCAGAGGAGAAAAAGAGUGAUGAAUUUGGUUCAGAAAACACACCCACCUCUGUUUCUUCGAGGCCACCAACUAUAUCUCCAAUUGGACCAGCCUAUAAUAAUUUCCAAGUUGAUUCUUUCAAGCUGAUGGAGCUUCUGGGACCUGAAAAGGUAGACCCAGCAGAUGUAAAGCUAAUAAGGGAUAAGCUUUUUGGUUAUUCAACAUUCUGGGUAACCAAAGAAGAACCAUUCGGAGAUCUUGGGGAGGGCAUUCUUUUUCUUGGAAAUUUAAGGGGUAAUAGAGAAGAUGUAUUUGCCAAACUUCAGAGACAGCUGGCUGAGGUUACAGGUGAUAAAUACAACCUGUUUAUGGUGGAGGAACCCAAUUCUGAAGGACCAGAUCCACGUGGUGGACCUCGUGUUAGCUUUGGCUUGCUGCGGAAAGAGGUCUCUGAACCAGGGCCAACAACACUUUGGCAAUAUGUGAUUGCUUUCUUGUUAUUCCUUUUGACCAUUGGUUCUUCUGUGGAGUUAGGAAUUGCAUCUCAGAUUAAUAGACUUCCUCCGGAGGUAGUAAAAUACUUCACGGAUCCAAAUGCCGUUGAUCCACCUGAUAUGGAGCUUCUAUACCCUUUUGUAGAGACUGCUUUGCCCCUAGCGUAUGGUGUCUUGGGGGUUUUGCUAUUUCAUGAAGUGGGCCACUUUUUGGCUGCUUUUCCGAAGAAAGUAAAACUGAGCAUUCCGUAUUUCAUUCCAAACAUCACUCUUGGCAGCUUUGGUGCAAUCACUCAGUUCAAAUCCAUUCUUCCUGAUCGUAGUACGAAAGUUGACGUAUCACUUGCGGGUCCAUUAUCUGGUGCUGCAUUGUCUUUUUCAAUGUUUGCUGUUGGCCUUUUGCUGUCAUCAAAUCCGGAUGCUGCGGGAGACUUGGUGCAGGUUCCUAGCUCGCUGUUUCAAGGAUCUUUGCUCCUUGGUCUCAUCAGUAGAGCUACUCUUGGUUAUGCAGCAAUGCACGCAUCGACAGUUACAAUUCAUCCUUUGGUGAUUGCUGGCUGGUGUGGCUUAACCACAUCAGCAUUCAAUAUGCUUCCAGUGGGUUGCCUUGAUGGUGGAAGAGCUGUGCAGGGAGCUUUUGGAAGAAAUGCACUGGUUGGAUUUGGCUUGACAACUUACACAUUGCUAGGAUUGGGAGUGCUCGGUGGACCUUUAUCUCUUCCUUGGGGCCUAUAUGUGUUAAUAUGCCAGAGGACUCCAGAAAAACCAUGCUUAAACGAUGUGACAGAGGUUGGAACAUGGAGGAAAGCAUUUGUUACAGCAGCCAUUUUCCUUGUAUUGUUAACCCUCCUUCCAGUAUGGGAUGAACUUGCAGAAGAAAUAGGUAUAGGUCUGGUAACCACAUUUUGAUUUGAGUAUACAUAAAGGCAAUUUUUGACAUAAAAAAAGUGUAGCCAAAUGAGUUGUUUUCAAUCUGUAAUUAAUUUCUUACAUUUUUCAUAUAUUUAGCUUCUAGGUUGUAUCUCAAUCAAGAAUUUAAUUUUAAUAAGCAUUUA